AUGACCAGAUUCGUUCGACUGUAUGCUGUGAGAAACACAUCUUCGAAAAACGUACUGAAAUCACUGAUGAGCUUCACAGAAGAAUUUGGAUUACCAGAUCGUAUAAUAUCAGAUAGAGGUUCUUGUUUUACUUCGAAGGAAUUUCAAAACUUUUGCAAGGAAAAGGGAUUUCUUGAUACAUUAAAUUCAACCACCCACCCACAAGGAAAUGGCAUGGCCGAGAGAUCAAAUAGAACAAUUUUAUCAACGAUAGUGACAUCAAUGAAAAGUAAAGAUCAAAAGGAUUGGUACAAAAGCAUUAAAGAAGUUGAGAGAAACUUGAAUAAUACAAUCAAUAAAACUAUUGGGAAAGCACCAUUUGAAAUACUUCAUGGAUAUAUACCACGAUUUCAAGAUGGAGUUUUGAGAUUACUUGCUGAUGAAGAAGCAGAAGUUCGGAAGGAAAAGGAAAAACUACAAAAAGAAGCUAGAGAAAUGAUUGUUAGAGAACAAGAAAAAAUGAAAACUUAUUAUGACAAGCAGAAAUCGGGAUCUCUAUCAUUUGAACAAGGAAAAAUAGUAGUAGUUAAAAAAAAUUCAAAAUCUACACCAGGAGAACCAACCAAAACUCAACCAAGUAUCGGCCAAGGUUGUUACAGAAGUACUUCUGGGUGA